UUCUCUCUCUGCUUCUCCUUUCCCUUUUUCCUUUUUUCUCUUCAUUUCCUUCUCGUUCAUGACAGUCAGUCUUUCACUUCCUCUCCUUUCCCAUUCUUCUUCUUCUUCUUCUUCUUCUGGUUCGUGGAAGGGAGUGGAAAUGGACAUAGAGGUAGAGGAAAGGACAAGGCCACUGUUUUGAUUUAUCUUGUUGACUUUUAGGCAUCAUCAACUUUGGUGGGUUUUAGGUCUUUUUUCUUUGUUUUUGACUUUUUGAGAGGUUGAUGCUUUUUCCUUACUCCUGCUCCAGACCAAAUUCAAGAACUGUUUCAGCUGCCAAUUUGGCUUUUCCUUUUCAGGUCUUGUGUUGUCAGAUCGUUGAGAUCCGCAGUUAAUUAUCCACUUCGCCCUGUAGUCCAACACCAAAUUGUAGGAGAUCAUGGAAAAGAGAUCACCCAGAAGUCCUGCAAUCUUGCCUAAAAGUCCCUUGAUAUAUGAAAAAUACAAAACAGGAUGUGCAUGGAGCCUACUUGGCUUCUUUGAUUUUCGCCAAGGUCAUUCCAGCAAGAAGCUGGUUUCUGAUAAAAGAUGUGUGAACAGACAUCCUGUAGGUAAUGAUUAUACAAAAAAUAAGGUUAAUUCACUUGGUGAAUUUGAUGAGAAGUGUCAACAAAGUGAUGAUAUAGUUGACAGCACGAAUGCGAGGGCUAAUUCAGCUGUAGCAAAAGGCAAUUCAAUCAUGAAAGAAGAGAUGUCCUGUAAGCUGCAGAAAAAGAAGAAAGUUCCUGCUGCUAAAUUGCAGCAUGUACAAUCUGACUCUGAAUUUGUCGAUGAAUUAUCAAAGAAACAUAGAAGGAAAAGCCGGAAAUUUAAGAAACCAAGAAAGAAUUUGGCUACCAGAUCUUCGAAUAAGCUCAACACAACAACAGCUGAAGCAUUCUGUAAUCAGCGGCAUCUUAAAAGUGGAAGAGAUGACAGUUGCAAGAGUGUAUGCUGCACAAUGAAUGAUCCACAUAUUGAAAUGAAUCUCCAAGUUCAUAUGGAUGAAGCAACUGAAGCAUUUAUCAAUCAAAAGUUCGUUGAUGGUAAACACGGCCUCAGGGAUGGGGCAAGCGAUCAGUCCAAGCACUUCUUGGAUGCAUUAGAGAUUUUGAAUUCCAAUAAGGAAUUAUUCAUUAAACUUCUACAAGACCCUAAUUCUUUAUUAGUAAAACAUAUCCAGGAUUUACGGUAUUCCCAGGCGACAAGUCUCCAGAAUGAGUCUUCCUUUGGAGCAAACUUAGAGAACCAGAUGAGUAAUAGAGCUAGAGAAUUGUCUGAAGAGGCUGUCUUGUCUCAAACAUACAACUCCUAUGAUGAAUACCUGUCCAGAGGAAGCGAUGGCUUUCAGCAUCCAGACACAAUUGUUUUAAUGAAGCCUCGGUCAGCGAUGCAAGAUGAUGUAGAUAGAAUCAGUUAUUCCUCCUCUCAGCAGUCCAAAGGGAAGAGUGGUAAACCUGCAACUUUUUCUUUAAAAAACAUGAAGAAUAAGUUGAAACAUGCAAUAGGGAUAAACCAUGAGGAGUUCUACAACACGUCAACUAAUGCUACAAGGCAUAAAUCUUUCUAUGACUUUCAUUCUCAGAGCUGCAAAGAUCGUACAGGAAUAGGAAGGGAGACUGUUUCAACAAAUUCAUCGAACAGAACGUAUCUUGACGCUAGAGUUAUGGCUAAAUCUUCAGACGAUAUCAAGAAGAGAGGGAAGAUGAGUGGUGCAAAAAAUCUUGAAUCAGGCAUUAGACAGGCGCCAGCUUCAGCCAGGUUAAGUGCUCAGAAUUUCUCGAACUCAUCAAUUUUUAGGCAUCCCAAGGAAAUUGAAUCGAAGUUCUACCUUGAGUCUCAAAGACACCUCUCCAAGAAAGCAGAUAUUGCGAGUCACAGGAGUGAUAUUUUUUCAAGACAGCUAACAGAAACCAUGCAAAGGACAACAGUAUUUCCUGAAUAUGAUUUCUUGCCACCACUUACUCCUGGAAUGGACAGGGUGCAUACCUUUCUUAAUGCAGAAAUGAGAUUUUCCCCUUACAAUUAUUAUCCAAAAGUUAACUGGAAGAAUUAUAGGCUUAGGAAAGAGAAGCUAAAUGGAUGUAUAAAUCUUCUGAAGGAAAAUUUUGAUGCUCAAACUGAUAACACAAAACUUGAUUACUUAUCAAAAACACUUGAUGAAGAGCCUGGUAUAUCAGAGAAUCAUUUCCCUGAUACAGAAAUGCAGGAGAAAAUAUGUUUUCUUGGUGAUGAUUCGACUCCCAGAGGUCCUGUAAAGAUUAUGGAGACAAAUAAUACUGUGAAUGGAGAAGUCAAUCCUUUGGAAGUUCCUUGUGAGCCACACUGCUCACCUGACACCAAUAACGAUCAAAAUAUGCAAGGAGCCACCAUAUAUAGCAAGGAAAAUGGAGGUUUUGAAUCCCCAAACAUGGACUCACCCUUAGAGAGUUGUACAUCUCCAUCUACUAUUGAUACUUUUUCAUCUAGCCCUGUAAGAACUCCAAGAGUAGACAACUCUCCGGGCGUGAAAGAUGGAUCAGAACUACCGAGUCCGUUCUCUGUUCUUGAGCGUAUUUACAUGGAAGAUAUUGCUAACCCUAAAAACAUCUUAGCUCAAACUGCUAAGCAGCCAAUCCAUCCAGAUCAGAUUAAUGUUGACAAACAUAAUUCUACUGCUUUUGUAACCUUGCCAAUGCACCUAAAAGUUAGAACUGGAUCUGCUUCUGAGUACAUCAAAUCGGUGUUGCAAGUUUCUAGCUUGAAUUGGGAUGAAUUUAUAAUAAAAUACCAUUCUUCAGGCCAACUACUUGACCCAUCCUUAUUUAAUGAUCUGGAGGUGUGUCCUGGUCAAUCUUGUUUCGAUCAUAAGCUCCUCUUCGAUUAUAUCAAUGAAGUCCUUCUCGAGGUGUAUCAGCGUAAUCUUACAUACCCUCUCUGUAUAUCAUUGGUCAAGCGAAAACUCCUCCCAGUUAUACUGAUGAAUGAUGUGGUUCAUGAUGCAAUGAAAUGUGUCAAUUGGUUUCUCCUCUCAAAGCUGCCACCACAAACAUUAGAGCAACUUGUUGGAAAUGACUUGACAAAAUCUGCAACAUGGAUGGAUGUCCACAUCAACGUUGACGAUGUUCUUGCUGACCUAGUAGAUGGUGUUUUAGAAGAAUUGAUAAUGGAAAGUGCAAUCGAGCUAUAAAGUUUAAGCAAUAUAAUUUUCCAUGAUAUUUUGAUCCGAAUUGCACCACGUGAGCAAGGCUGCUUUAAUGGGGUAACUCGAAAGAUCUUGAAAUCCUGUCCACAGCCAGCUUCAUUGAAAUAUGAUGCCAUUCACUCUCGGAGGUAAUUAUAAACUUAAAAGAAACUAGUUUAUGAUCGGACAGGACAGAACAGGACUGGGAAAGCUUUUGAUCCAUCGAUAGGAAUUCAUUUGGCGCCAUUGUUGAAUCUAAUACAUGGCUACUGUAUAGUUACAGAGCUGAACCUUGAAGACCCAAAUUACAGUCUGGUAAGAGGAAUGAAUAUUUUACCAUUUUUGAGCAUUUCCAGAAUAAUUCUUGUAGAGUAAAUUGUGUAUUGACUUGCCUUUAUAGUUUAUACACCUAAUUUUGUAACUCAAGAUUCUAAUUCUCUAUUUUGCUCUCCUAUGAUGAUACUGCAAAAUUCCCAUAGGAGAAAAUGAUGAAACAAUUCAAUUUCAUUAAGGGGAUACUUAUAAAUGAGCAGGACACUUACAAAAAAAAUUGUAUGAUGAAUUAUAAACUGUAGAUAUUUGAACUUAAAGAGAAAAUUAUGGUAAGUUCUUUAGAUGUAACAAUCAGAAAAUAAUAAUAAUAAUAAAAUAAAAUAAAAAAUAAAGAAACCCUAAGUGGUAGAAGGGAGGGGCAGGAAAGAAAAGAAGAGGAAGAAGAAGAACAAGAAGAAGAAGAAGAAGAAGAAGAAGAAGAAGAAAGAGAAGAAGGCAUGACAAGCAGCUGAUCCGCGCGACGCGGAGAAUCGGCGACCGAAGGAGACUCGCGCUCGAUCAUCGCGCAAUAGCUGGGAAGAAGGAAUCGCACUGCAACGGCAGUGGGGGAUCUGCUCUUGGUGUGCGGCGCGAUGAUGGGAGGACAUACCUUCACCCGGGAAUGCAAAUUCACUAUUGGCACGCGAUGCGAUGAUGGAGAAGGAAACCAGAAGGUGCUGCGUGCGGCGGCGCAUGAGGAUUUCGGUAUAUUUUCAAAUCAAAUUUCAAGAGUGAGUCGGGUUAGUUUUUAUUUGGAGAUCUCAUAAUUCUUCUUAAAAUAGUUGGUUGAAUUAAAAUAAUUAUUGAAAUUUAAAAAUUGAUUUUCGGAUGUUAUUUUAAUAAACAGUUUCAUAAACCAUUAUAUGUAUAUUGAAAUGAUUCUAUAAAUAUGUGCAGGCAAA